AUGUCUAGCUCGCCGUUUACGGUCAAGGCGGUUUUCGAAUAUGCUUCGGACCACGAGGACGACCUUAAUUUUGCCAUCGGUCAAAUCAUAACAGUUACUGCUGUGGAGGACGAUGAGUGGUACUUUGGCGAGUAUAUCAGUGAGUCCGGGAGCAAGGUAGAGGGUAUUUUCCCCAAAAAUUUCGUGGAGAGAUAUGAACCCCCUGCUCCUCCGCGGCCCACGCGCCCCAGCAGGCCAAGGAAGGAACCCGAAGCUGUUGCGCCCCCUGAGCCUGCCACGGUCGAAUCGCCUGUAGCGGAGGCUCGUCCGUUUGACCCCGAGGAAGAGGUGACACCCCCGCCGCCGGAAACGAGAGCUGUACCUCCGCCUCCUCAGUCUCCGCCCGUCGCUGUGGAACAGUCGCCCAUCCUUGAGUCCGCACCUCCAAAGCCGGCACCGGCCCCCGCUCCAGCAGCUCCCGCAGUUCAGAGUCCUGCAGAAGAGCUCAGUGAACAUGCUCCUGCUCCUGCUCCUGCUCCCAAAUUUGCAUCAAAGCCACCGCCUCCUGCUGUAGCGGAGAAGCCCACUGGCUCCUCAUUCAAAGAUCGCAUUGCCGCUUUCAAUAAAACUGCUGCGCCACCAAUCGCGCCGUUCAAACCGGGCGGUUACUCUUCCCAGUCGUUCAUCAAAAAACCAUUCGUUGCGCCGCCUCCGAGCAAGAAUGCUUAUGUUCCGCCGCCUCGUGAGACACCUGCAGUGCCCUAUAAGCGGGAAGAGGACCCUGAAGUACGGGAUCGACCCGCACCCGAGCCACCUGUUUCUGAGAGUCGACCUGCGCCCGCUGAGAGUGCUGAGGAAGGAGCCGAGGAUCAGCCCAAGCCAACAAGCUUGAAGGAACGGAUUGCUCUUCUGCAAAAGCAACAGAUGGAGCAAGCUGCUCGUCACGCUGAAGCUGCCCAGAAGAAAGAAAAGCCUAAACGACCUUUGAAGCAGCGCUCAGAAACUCAGGAAGAGGGAUUGACUACAGCGGAAUUAGCGCCUGAAGCUCCCGGGUCCCCAGAGCCCGGUCGGGACCAUAGCGUGGAAACGUUAAAAGGCGCAAAUGCUCCUGCUGUGCCAGCAGCGCAUCCUGCUAUUCAAGAUCUCACGAGUGAUACAAAUGACGCAGAUGAUUCUGCUGCUGCAGAUACCGAGGAUGCCGAUGAGGCAUCUACAGGAAGAGAAGACUCAGAUGAUCGUUCUCGCGCCCAGGUUCAGCGUGAGCCUCCAGCCCAAAACCUGACGGAAGAGCAUGAAGGCCGGGAGGGUGCGAAGGAGCAUAAUCAGCACGAAUCUGAAGAGGAAGAGGAGGACGCGGAGGAAGAUAUAGACCCCGAGGUCAGGCGGAAAAUGGAACUCCGCGAGAGAAUGGCCAAGAUGAGCGGCGGUAUGGGUAUGAUGGGCUUCUUUGGCCCCCCUGGUGGAAUGCCAACAUCUGGGGCUGCAUCUCGAAAGCCUAAAGCCCCUGCUCAGGCUGAGCGAGAAUCUGGUGAAACGGAGACCGCCGCGACGCCAAGUGCACCACCCGUUCCUGUAAUGGCUCUACCAGGAAUGAACGCCGUAAGGUCACCAUUGGCUUCUCCAACUUUUGAGAAAACCGAGGAGCCACGAUUGAUUGCUUCGGUUGAACAACAUGGUGCAUCCGGAGUUCCAGAUUCUGUGCAAGAGUCCGAAGAUGAGUCUGAGGAGACCCCUCGUCGAUCCGUUGACAGGCCGCUUCCCACGCCUCACGAUCGUCCCGUGCCUCCCCCACUUCCCCCGAUGGAUUCGCGCCCUACUCCGCCGUCUAGCUCUCACGGCUUACCAUCAUCCCCUCCUCCAGUGCCGGGAGGUCGUCCCAUGCCCCCUCCCCCUCCAUUGAGGAGCCCUACAUCUGGCGGGGAGGAUUCCGAUGACGAGCUUUCCGUACAUACAAAGACCCUGUCUUUGAGCGCUGCAGCUACGGAUUUAUCUUCGGAGCCGGCACAUCCAGUGCUGGAUCAUAUCGACUCCCGUCGUUCAUCGACCUAUGAUAUGACUUCCCCAAAAUCGCCAACCUUUUCUUCCGAGAAGAGACUGAGCCGACCUCCUCCGCCCGUUCCACAAACCAACCCACCUGUUCCUGCUCAAACUCGGCAGCCUCCACCGCCCCCUCCAGAGGCUAUCCGGCGUAGUUCCACCGCUGAUAGCCGGACCAGUAUUCCACACCCUCGACAGGCUGGAGAGGAUGUUGAAGGUGAAGUCACGGAAUAUGAUGGUGAUUAUGAUACCGAUAUUGCCUCUGGUGCGAAAUUCAAGGAUGCAUUAAAAGCACAUGGCCGGGACUCUAGCCUUGAUGAAGGCAUUGUCACCGAUGAUCAGUCUCUUCAGUCUCCUCGCAGUCCGCCCGAGAACCGUCCACCACCGCCUCCACUCUCUGCUCCAAGGGGAGUUCCGCCUCCUCCGCCUUCUCAACCGCCAAAGAGUUCUGGCUCCGGCAGGGUCUCUAUAGACGCGCCCAGGGCCCCGCCUCCCCAGCCGCUGAGGGGUUCUGGUUCCGGUAGGGCUUCUAUAGACGCACCCAGGGCCCCACCUCCCCCUCCACCUCAGCCUCUGAGAGAACCUUCUUACGAUGACGAUGAUGAGUAUGACCCCUACCGUUAUACAUCGCCGCAGCAUGGACUGCCUGCACCCAAGGCGGCCCCUGUGUCGACCGGACGACCAGAUCUGCCCCCUCCACCAGCUCCUCCUAUCCAAGAGGAUGACUCAGACGAUCUGUAUGACGAAUUCCCCGCACAGGCAGCUACAGAAGCCUCGGCUCCGCCUCCGCAUAGCCAACCCCCAGCAGUAAUCCCACCGCCAACUCCGCUGAGUAACCGUGCAUCUUUGGACGUCCCGAGGGCGCAACCUGCCGUGCGAAGGUCUAUGGAUGUGGGCCGUCCAUCCAUUGAUCAAGGCUUCAUCGCCAUGGAUCUCGAUCUAGCCGAGGGCACGCUGUGGUGGGCUCAGUCGAACGUCCCGCCUCCCGUACUCCAGAAUCGUCAGGAUAUCCUUCUAGAAUUUGAAGAGUCUAGUUCUUCAAAGCGAGGCGGUAAGACCACAGUCACGAAAGACGUGUACGUUCUAUUUCGCGACUACUCUCAGACCGUGAUUACUGUGAGCUUCGACGCCCGCAAUCCAGCUGAUGCGGUUCUGGAGCAACGCCAUGAGCAACCUCCUCUACCACCUCGCCAAGAUCAACUCGAAAAUGCCCAUGUUCAAGUAGGCACCCGCGUUUCUGAGGGUGUCAACGCUAUCCAGAACACUACUGUAGCAGAUGGCACACCUUUCGGGCUCGUUAAACACUUGUUGGACCCGUUGUCAGAUGCGCUUCGCCCAGUCGGCAACCGUGCGUACGGUGCUUUGGUUUACUCCAACAUGGCCAAUGCCUCGGUGCAGCAACAUGAUGAGAUCCGCCCUGGCGAUAUCGUCAGCUUCCGGAAUGCGCGCUUCCAGGGACAUCGCGGAACAAUGCAUCAAAAGUACAGCGCGGAGGUUGGCAAACCCGACCACGUCGGUAUUGUGGUUGACUGGGAUGGAAAGAAAAAGAAGAUCCGUGCUUGGGAGCAGGGUCGCGAAAGCAAGAAGGUCAAGAUGGAAAGCUUCAAACUCGACGACCUUCGCAGCGGCGAGUGCAAGGUCUGGCGUGUGAUGCCGCGCAGCUGGAUCGGAUGGGACAACUAA